CAGCUCUCGUCGUGUCGCAGCUUGCUGCUGAGCUUCCUUGGAACAUGACAAGUCCUACAAUGUUCUUUUUCUGCUGUUACUGGACUAUCGGAUUCCCCACAGGUUUGGCAGGCUACAUGUUCCUCAUGCUCUCUGUCGAUAUCCCGUUGUACUAUACCAUACUUGGACAUGUCAUCGCGUCCAUGGCACCGACUACUUCAAUUGGAUCCCUGUAAUUCACAAUUCUUAUUAUCUU